CUCCCUCUUCCUCGGGCUUCCGAGGUUCCAUACUUCUUGACUGCAGCCAAAUAUUUAGGAUUUCUAGGGUUUAUACGUUUUCUUGGCCAAGAGACCAUGGAUCCAGAGACCGACGAGUACAUCCGUGAAUCCAUUGAGAACUCGCUCGGCCUCCCAAUCUCUGACAAGAACCUCCGCCUCAAGGUCCUUGCUUCCAAAGACGCCCACCGCCGCCUCCAAGAUCAGAUCUUCGUCCUUGAGGAGCGCCUCAAGGAGGCCGAGAAGCGUGUAGAGCAAUAUAAGGCAGAGGCGACCAUGAAUGCCCAGGAGUUGAGGAGGUGCAUCGAGGAGCAGGAGAUGGUGGCGUCGGGAUAUGCUGAUUUGGUGAAUCACUGCGCCAAAUUGGAGAAGGAGUGCUCUCUGUAUGAACGGGAUCUUGAGAGAGCCAUGGAGUCUUGCGAUGAAUUAGCCAAGGAGAAUGACGAGCUUCAAUUCUGGCUGCAGGACAACUCUUAUGGCAUUUUUUCACUGCUCAAUCUGGUGGUCUUCCCUCUCGCCUACACUCGGCUUAACAUGGACCUAGUGCAUGGACCUAUGCAACAGAAGAAGAGGAGCUUCACCCUAGAGAAACAACGAGUCAUUAACUACAUGGUUGAUAAGUUCUCGAAGGUUGGCUUCAUUCAUGAAGUCAACAAUCCUAAUUGGCUGGCCAACAUCAUCUUGGUGAAGAAGGCCAACAAGAAAUGA